AUGGAUAGAAAGUCUGCUAGAAUAAAAGCAGAGUUACAAGGAUAUGGUUGGAAAGUUUCAAAGAAGUUUAAAUAUAGGAAGGGAAGACCCAUAAAAGUCUAUGACAAAUUGUCUGGUCUUCGCUACGAAAUGGAUUUGGAAACAGCACGUGCCAAUUAUCCAAACAGACUAGAGAGGUUAGAAGAAGAACGUCUUAUGGACAUGCCUUUCGAUGUUAGUGAACCUCAAGUUGAAGGACACGACGGCUUUGCCAGAUUCUAUUGGAAACAUGACGAACAAUUGCAUCCUUUGAGAAGGAAAAAAGGAAAAGGUGAAGACGCACAUGCUCCCAUGGAAAGAACAAGAUAUGCAUAUGAAAAGUAUCGUGAAGUUAGAAGUCAAAUUACUUCUGGUCGAACCUUUACAGUAAACUUUGACGAAGGAAAGAACAAAGAAGGCUUCAUGGGUGUACUUGCUGCCAUACAAGACGGAAAUAAGAAAGGAUACAAUCUCAGAUUGACCAUAACAGAUUUGGAUGGUCACAUUUACUAUGCACAUGGCAAUGUCACAACAGCUGCAAUGCUUCUUGACGCUUUCAAGACUACAAAGAGAGAACAAAUGGUUGACUCCGACUCAGCCAUUUUGAAUGCAAUUGAAGGAAUUGCAAGUGUUAAGUUCGAGUGGUACCAACCUAACCCUCAAGCAGUCAGACAACAUGCUGGAUACUUCCCCUUCAUAAAUAAGUCUGACAUUGACUUGACAAGGUAUGGAAUUUACAAUUCAAUUGAAACAAUUGUCAAUGAACCUUGUAUUCUUACAUGUCUCAGGAACUCUGGUCUUGUUACAGAUGAGAAGAUGAAGUAUCUUGAGUCAUGUGUGAAGACAAGGUACAUUCUCAGAGGUCAAUUGGCAAAAAUUGCACCGUUGGCAAAUGUCAAUAUCCGAGUCAACAUCCCUACAGCUAAAGGUUCUUCACAUGACGACUAUGUUGUUGAGUUCAAUUUACCAUGGUUGAAGAUUGUAAUUGUCCACAACCACUUCAUGUUGAACGAAAGUCUUACAAACCCAUUGUUCGGAAAAGGCAAGUGUAACAUUGUCAGAGCUGUAAACAUUCUUUUCGAGAAAGGUUUGUUGGAACCAAUUCCAGAUGACAAGCUGACAGAAACUUUUGUACCAAAAGACGAAACAAACUUUUCAUUGUUAGCAAGACCAAAAGUUGUUCCAGACAAAGUUAUAGUACAAAAGAAGUACACAAUUCCACAAGGAGUUGGAUUGUUCGGAUACCAACCUGAACCAGAAGAACUUCCAAUGAGGUUGCAAGAACUUCAAGAUGCUAUAAACAAACUUCCAUUGAGACAUCCAAUUGACGUCAAAUUGUAUUGGAGAGCUUCUGAGUUAGGUCAGAAGGUUUUAUAUGAAACAGGUUGCUUCGACGAUGUUUAUGAGAUAACAGGAGAAGUUUCUCAGAAGAUAAGAGACUCACUUGAAUUUCCACAAACUGGACCAAUUGGUUGCGCCAAGUUCGACUCAAACGAAAAGAUAUACUAUGUCGACCUUAA